CCGGCGGGGCUGUGCCGCUCCUGACUCGGCCCCGCGCCAUGGGGAGCAGCCGCGGCGGGCGGCUCGCCUGAGGCGGCGGCGACAGCGGAGGGCGCGGCAGUGCCGAGGGAGCCCCGCCGCGGGGGCCGCGACCCGCGCCGCCGGGGAUGCUGCGCUGGGUCCGGCAGCAGCUGGGUUUUGACCCACCGCAUCAAAGCGAUACAAGAACUAUUUAUAUAGCAAAUCGUUUUCCCCAGCAUGGCCAUUAUGUUCCUCAGAAGUUUGCAGACAACAGAAUCAUAUCAUCCAAGUAUACAGUGUGGAAUUUUGUUCCAAAAAACCUAUUUGAGCAGUUCAGAAGAGUAGCCAACUUUUAUUUUCUCAUUAUAUUUUUGGUUCAGCUCAUGAUAGAUACCCCUACCAGUCCUAUUACCAGUGGAUUGCCAUUAUUUUUUGUCAUAACUGUGACAGCCAUAAAACAGGGUUAUGAAGAUUGGCUACGACAUAAAGCAGACAAUGAAGUCAACGGUGCUCCAGUUUAUGUUGUUCGAAGUGGUGGCCUUGUGAAAACUAGAUCUAAAAACAUUCGGGUGGGGGACAUUGUCAGAGUAGCCAAAGAUGAGACUUUUCCUGUUGACCUGGUGCUUCUGUCGUCUGAUCGAGUGGACGGUUCAUGCCAUGUCACCACUGCAAGUUUGGAUGGAGAGACCAAUCUUAAGACACACGUUGCAGUCCCAGAAACAGCAGUGUUGCAGUCUGUUGCCAACCUGGACAAACUGGUAGCUGUUAUAGAAUGUCAGCAGCCAGAAGCAGAUCUGUACAGAUUUGUUGGAAGAAUAACUGUAAGUCAACAAGCUGAAGAAAUAGUACGACCUCUUGGGCCUGAAAGUCUCUUACUUCGUGGAGCAAGAUUAAAAAACACUAAAGAAAUAUUUGGUGUUGCAGUGUAUACAGGUAUGGAGACAAAGAUGGCAUUAAAUUACAAGAGUAAAUCUCAGAAACGGUCAGCAGUAGAAAAGUCCAUGAAUUCCUUUUUGAUUAUUUAUCUAAUAAUCCUCCUCUUUGAAGCCAUUCUGAGCACUAUUUUAAAGUAUGCAUGGCAAGCUGAAGAGAAAUGGGAUGAGCCCUGGUACAAUGAAAAAACAGAGCAUGAAAGAAAUAGCAGUAAGAUUCUGAGAUUUAUUUCAGAUUUUCUGGCCUUUCUGGUACUUUACAAUUUUAUUAUACCUAUUUCACUCUAUGUGACUGUCGAGAUGCAGAAAUUUCUUGGAUCUUUUUUUAUUGGCUGGGAUCUUGACCUCUAUCAUGAAGAAACAAACCAGAGAGCGCAAGUCAAUACUUCAGACCUCAAUGAGGAAUUGGGACAGGUAGAGUAUGUGUUUACAGACAAAACUGGUACAUUAACUGAAAAUGAGAUGCAGUUUCGGGAGUGCUCCAUUAAUGGCAUAAAGUACCAAGAGGUCAAUGGUAAACUAACUCCAGAGGGAUUUUCUGAAGAUUCUCCAGAUGGAAAUAGGCAUGGUUUGGUGAAAGAGGAAGAACUGUUCUUGAAGGCAGUUUGUCUUUGUCAUACAGUGCAGAUCAAUGCAGAUCAGACAGAUGGUGCUGAUGGUCCUUGGCAUGCCAAUGGAAUAACAUCCCCAUUGGAGUAUUAUGCUUCUUCACCAGAUGAGAAAGCUUUAGUUGAAGCUGCAAGCCGGGUUGGAGUAGUAUUUACUGGAAUUAGUGGAGACAGUAUGGAAGUAAAAAGCCUUGGAAAACCAGAGAGGUACAAAUUGCUUCAUGUGUUGGAGUUUGAUCCAAAUCGCAGACGAAUGAGUGUCAUUGUGGAGAGUCCCUCAGGGGAAAAGCUUUUAUUCACAAAAGGAGCAGAAUCUUCCAUUCUUCCUCGUAGUAAGAGUGGAGAAAUAGACAAAACAAGGAUACAUGUGGAUGAAUUUGCUUUGAAAGGACUAAGAACUUUGUGCGUAGCCUACAGAAGAUUCACACCUGAGGAGUAUCAAGAAAUUGGCAAACGCCUUCAUGAGGCCAGGACUGCCUUACAACAACGGGAGGAAAGAUUAGCAGAUGUGUUCAACUUCAUAGAAAGGGAUCUGGAAUUACUUGGGGCUACGGGAGUAGAAGACAAACUGCAGGAGAAAGUCCAAGAAACUAUAGAAGCCCUCAGGUUGGCUGGUAUCAAAGUGUGGGUGCUCACUGGAGACAAGCACGAGACAGCUGUUAGUGUCAGUUUGUCCUGUGGACAUUUCCACAGAACCAUGAACAUCCUUGAGCUUGUGCAGCACAAGUCAGACAGUACCUGUGCAGAACAACUGAGGCAGCUUGCCAAGAGAAUAAAGGAAGACCAUGUUAUCCAGCAUGGACUGGUUGUGGAUGGGACCAGCCUCUCUCUUGCACUCAGGGAACAUGAAAAACUGUUCAUGGAAGUUUGCAAAAACUGUUCUGCAGUGUUGUGCUGUCGCAUGGCACCCCUUCAGAAAGCAAAGGUAGUGCGACUGUUAAAAACGUCUCCAGAGAAACCCAUAACAUUAGCAAUUGGUGAUGGUGCUAAUGAUGUGAGCAUGAUACAAGAAGCACAUGUUGGCAUAGGAAUCAUGGGCAAGGAAGGAAGGCAAGCUGUAAGGAACAGUGACUAUGCAAUAGCUCGGUUUAAAUUCCUCUCCAAGUUGCUUUUUGUUCAUGGGCACUUUUACUAUAUUAGAAUAGCAACCCUUGUACAGUACUUUUUUUAUAAGAAUGUGUGCUUUAUUACACCACAAUUUUUAUAUCAGUUCUUCUGUUUGUUUUCACAACAAACGCUCUAUGACAGUGUAUACCUGACUUUGUACAAUAUUUGUUUCACUUCCCUGCCUGUCCUCAUAUACAGUCUUUUUGAGCAGCAUGUGCACCCGCAUGUAUUGCAGAGUAAACCCGUGCUCUACAGAGACAUCAGUAAAAAUGCCCAUCUGGGGUUUAAACCAUUUCUUUACUGGACCAUCUUGGGCUUCUUUCAUGCAUUUGUUUUCUUUUAUGGCUCGUAUCUUCUAAUGGGAGAAGACACUUCUCUGCUGGGAAAUGGCCAGAUGUUUGGAAACUGGACAUUUGGUACUUUGGUCUUCACCGUUAUGGUUAUAACUGUCACAAUGAAGAUGGCACUAGAAACUCACUUCUGGACAUGGAUAAACCAUUUUGUUACUUGGGGAUCCAUUGUAUUUUAUUUCAUAUUCUCCUUGUUUUAUGGGGGAAUUAUCUGGCCAUUUUUACAUACCCAGGACAUGUACUUUGUAUUUGUUCAACUGUUGUCAAGUGGUUCUGCUUGGUUUGCCAUAAUCCUCAUAGUAGUUGCUUGUUUGUUUAUUGAUGUUGUGAAGAAAGUGCUGUACAGACAUCUGCAACCAACAAGUACUGAAAAAGCUCAGAUGUACUCCAACAGAGUUGCUUUAAGUGACGAGUUCAUCGCACUGCAGCCAUUGUCCAGGGCAAGGAAUCAGCUGAGCAAAAUUAGCUUACUGAGGCAGGUUCAGGUAUCAACUGCUUGGACUCCAUGUGCUGCUUCUCAGAUGGGGAAACAGCAUGCACAUCUGUUAGAAGAAUGUUGGAACGACUAAUGGGAAGAUGUAGCCCAACCCGGGUCAACAGGUGUGGCAUUUCUCUCAAUAGCCUUUGCUGCAGACGAUUCUCCUAUAAACUGGAACCCGAUGAGCCUGCAGCAGUAGAUGUCUAGAAAUCAGCUGCAGGUUUUGCUUACCUAAGUAGGAGAUGCAACUCUUUAUUGUACUUCUUUUCAUCCUGAAAGAUCAGUUUCUUGUUUCUUUUUGAGUGGUUUCUUUUGGGAUGGGGAGGGGAAAAACAGUUUUCAAAAGAUUUCUGUUAAAGUGUUUAGUUUGGCUUUACCACAAGUUCUUGUGUUGUAUCUAUCGUAAUUUCUCUUGAUUUGUACAUUCUUCUCUUUAGAAAAUCAAACCUUGCUGCUGUUUUUGUUCUCCUUUUUAUGAUUUUUUUUUUUUGCCUUCACGAAUCAGGAGUUGUUUUUGAAGUCGAAAGACUUUUCCCUUUGGUUCUGGAUGUACAACCUCCAAAUAUUUACCUUGGAGCUUGAAUUACUCCUGAAGAUAUACAAAAGGCUCACACUCCCCCCCUUAAAUAUAACUUCAUUGUUAGAAGGAGAGUCUUUAAAUCUUUCAGCCAUUGAUUGAUAUGAAGAUGAAAUAUUUUUGUAGUAUAACUUUUAUAAGCUAUUUCUAAAAUCAGAGUAAUUGACAGAACAGAGUCUUCAGGUUCUAAGAAUUUUAAAUGUUUUUUCGGUUCUAGAAGGUAUAUUGUCAAAAUCAUGUGUGCCAUUCAAAAUAUGUGCUAAUUCCUCCACAAACCAUGUGUGAAACAAACAUAGUGGGAGAUAAAAGCAUGUUAGAGUAAUGGAAUAUGUCUAAAGAGCAAUACUGCUCUUAUGGUCAGAGGAGCUCUCACUGAAUCCCCUAAUGUGCCAUCUCCCCAUGUCCAAAUAGAGGGAUAGUGAACAAACAUGGAAAUAUUUGGGGGUAGAAGUCAAAAUAGUCUUUUGUACAUCGUAAUCUCUCAGUCUCUGAAUGAUAUCAUGGUCCUUCACUGGUCAAAAGGCAAACCUGAAAACAUUGAGCUUCACACAUUUUCAAGGAAACUCAUUUUGUAUUUGGACAACUUUGUCUCUUUCUGUUAAAGGUUGUGAUAUCAUUCACUGGGUAUCAAGUCUUGUGUGGGUAAUUUCCACUGACAGCUUUGUCAGCUCUGAUUCUGCCUUUAGGUAUUGCCUGGUCUGUAGCUCAUCUCUGUUGGAACUCUUGUGUUGAACACUGUGUCUGUGGUUUCAGUCAGUCUCUCUCUUCUGGCUUGCUUAUGAAAUUUAUUCAGUGUUUCUACAAACCUAGGUUAUGAAUAUGCAAAAUGUUUCAUUCCAUAUGAAAUAUGAACUGUUAUGACUAAGUACAUUUUUAAUUCAAACUUGCUGUAUAGAAAGCGGGCAUGAUGUGUAAAAUAAACAAUUUAAUAGAAUUUUUAAUCUACAAGGUGAGCAUUUAAUUGGUCUAAAAAUCAACAUUUUGGUAGCAGUUGCUCUAAGUUUUUUGAUGUUUUUUUCCACUUCUCUGUAAAACUGUGCUUUCCAAAUGAGGAAUUUCUCAUGCUACUUCUUUUCCAUUUAUUGUUAUCUAAUUAAGAUUUUUGUUAACAAUUGCCUUAGUAACCUGUAGUCUUAUAAGGUAGGUAUUCUGUGUUUUAUUUAAUGCAUUCACAGUUUUACGAUUUUCUCUUUUGUUCCACUUAAAUUUUCUUUCCUUAAGAACUUACAAAUACUUAUUGAAGAUAACUCAUAUUUGACAGAAUAUUAAACAAUCUUUGAAGACUGCUUUUUCUCAGGUUUCUUGUCUGCUUACCUCAUGUAAUUUUCAGAUGAAGUUCCAUCGAGCCAAAUAAUUGCAGAGUUCUUAGAACACAGACAAUAGGAUUACGUUUAAUGAAUAUGCAAAACUACCUUGGUGCUACACUAAGGGCUUGAAGUUCUGUGGUUUUUGCUGCUGCCUCCAGUUGAAAUUGCUCUGAACAAUCUCCUAGUUUCACUUAAAUUUAUGUACAGUACAACUAGAAAAGAGGUGGGGUUUUUUAAGUGUGUUAUACUUGCUGUCUCCAGUGACUUCAGCUACUUCUACUCAGCAUUGACACUUAAAACCAAGGCUAAAAGUAAUUUUCUUCCCUUACACUUCCUGGUAAUAUAAGAAAGUAUUUGUUCAUUUUUUAACGUCUUAACUGUUUGAAUCACAUGAAGCAGUUACAAGUCGUGAAAUGCUGAAGGUACAGUUAAGAAAUCUCGAGUAAUUUUUUAAAGUGCUUGUAAAAUUGUUUAGGCUUUGUUCACGAGCUUGAGCUGCUGUGUUUUGUAUCUAAAUCUUCAGAAAAUUGUGCAGUCCCCAACAGGUUGGUCUCCUGAGCACUUGUGCUGUAUAAAGCAGCAAAUUAUUCAACCAGGAGGCAGCUGCAAAUUAUUUUUGUUGGAUGAAGUGAUGCUGAGAAAUACGUUGUCUGUGCAAGUGCUGUAGAAUGAAGAGCGCUUCUUUAAAUAAUGUUGCUGUAGCAACUUGUGUUGUAUUCUGUGCUCCUGAUAUUCUGUCAAAUAUGAGAACUGAACAGGAAAUCCAACAUGGUAUCAAAUUUUGAUAGAAGCUUUGAUGAAUCAAAGUUGUACAAAUGCUUGGAGUAGUGGGCCACAGGAGUAUAGUUCUCUUGUGUUUAUUUUACUGCUUGUAAAAUGUAUUUGAGAAGUAUUUUCUAUAGCUCCAGUUAGGCUGUAAAAUGUGUGGUGUGGUAUGUUAAAAAAUGCAUUUUUGUCUGUCUGUUCCAUUAAAUUGUCUGUCAGCUUGUCAGUCACUC